CCAUUGGUGCGUGUUGGACGCUCCGCCCAUGGAGGCGGUAGCGUAAUAACUGAGAAUGAAGGAAAUCGUGUAAAGACUGGCAUCUGACAGCGCAGCAGUAAGCUACGUCCAAAGUGUUGUUUGCUUGAACUAUUUAUAUUUACUUGAAGUAGCCAACUGCUUCAGAUUGUUUCGAAUGGAGACCAGACAACAGGAAAGAGGACAAGGACAUAUCAGGACAGGUCUGUUGGAUCCAGAGCCUGUAACAGAAGUAGAUGAAGAGAUGGUGUCAGAUGUGGAUCUCAUCAACACUCUGACUGAUGAAGAGAGGGAGGAAAUAUUGAGUGAACUCACAAAGUUAGAGGAAGACAUCUCCACCCUGAGGCAAGUGUUGGCCUCCAAAGAGAAACACCACUCGGAGCUCAAAGCCAAACUGGGUAUAACACCAUUCAUUGAGUUCAAACAGAACUUCAACAGGAGCUGGUAUGACAUGCAGACUUCCACUGCGUACAAAAAGACAUCGGAGACGUUGAGCACGGCAGGUCAGAAAACGUCAGCAGCGUUCACCACACUGGGAACAGCCAUCAGCAGGAAGUUUGGGGAUAUGAGGAACUCGCCCAGUUUCAAGUCCUUUGAGGAGAAGGUUGAAUGCACCGUUUCCAACAUAAAGCAGACCAAGGUGGGAAGCCAAGGGGGUGGAGGGAGUUUUGAGGAGGUGUUGUCUUCAGCCGCUCAAGCCAGUGCCCAAGAAACCCCCAGCAACAACAUGUCCGAGAGCAGUGAUCAUGAGAGGACCUGCUAGACCAGUCUCAACCACUCAACUACCUCCCCAGACCAGGAUUAGCACUCUACUGCCCCUCACUGGCCCAGAUGCCACAUUACCUGAUGUGGAGUGCAUGAUAUAGGCCUAUCUACCCAAAGCCCCAACACAAAUGUAUAUUAUCUACCUGCUACUUAGCUUUAUAUGCGUUUCCAUACAACAUCAAAAAGAAAGAUUGUGAUACUGUAAAGUACUCCUGUCCUUGAUAUAUCAUUUCUAUGACUACAACUAUUAUCUUUUUGUAUUAAAAUGAAUCUGUUGCAUUUAUAUCAAAUGUAUUUUGAAAAAAAAUUAGUGACAUUUCUUCCCAAUACUAAAAUGACUGACUUAAUAACAUUUUUUAAUCAUCAGGGCUCUAUUCAAUCCAUAUUGUGGAAGUCGUGUUAUAGAGUGAUACAUUUUAAAGGCAAUGUUCCUGCAUUCACGGUAAAUGCUGCAUAUGUUAGCUCAAUCGGAAAUGUACCCUUUCUAUUGUGCAAUCUGUACGGCUUCAGCAAUACACAUUGAAUAGAGCACCUACUUUCCAAGAGUGGACAGUCAUAACACUAUUGGGGGGAGGGAGUUGUAUUUGAUACUUGAAAUUGCAUGUGCUGUGUUUGUAGGCCCAUACUGUUAAUGGGGACCAAGAUACGGCCUUGUGCUGGAAUCUACUGAAUACACUGUCACACCUUUCGAAUCAUAUUAAUAUAUCCUUUAUUCCAACCGUGCACCGUUUGCACAUGAGCCUUGAUCGGGGACAGAAUGACCAUCCAGUGUAUGUAUAUGAUACACAAUUUAUGCUUAUUAUAGAUCACAGCUGUCAAGCAGUGUAGAUGCUUUGACACCCUGUGGGAUUAAACGUUUAUUUUUAAAUGUG